UUGCAUUUCCCAAGCGAGGAGAUAUCCAUUGGACUCACAUUUGAGCCCGACUGUACCACCAUGGCUCUGUACGAAUAUGUCACUCAGGAGCAACUCGCGGGCUUCGACAAAUACAAGUACAGUGCUGUGGACUCGAAUCCUCUGUCUGUCUACGUUAUGCAUCCUUUCUGGAACUUUGUGGUGAAGUUUCUACCAACAUGGCUGGCCCCAAACCUCAUUACGUUUACAGGCUUUAUGUUCCUCGUGUUGAACUUCGUCAUGUUGGCGUUCUACGACUUUGACUUCACCGCCUCCUCUGCAGGACGUGAACACGUGCCUAGCUGGGUCUGGGUGGCUGCAGGGAUCUUCAACUUCUUAGCCUACACACUGGAUGGCGUGGAUGGCAAACAGGCCCGCCGCACCAGCUCCUCCACCCCUCUCGGGGAGCUUUUCGACCACGGCCUGGACAGCUGGGCGUGCAUCUUCUUCGUGGCCACCGUCUACUCCAUAUUUGGGCGCGGGGAGAGCGGCGUGAGCGUGGCCACCCUCUACUACAUCCUGUGGGUGGUGCUGUUCUCCUUCAUCCUGUCCCACUGGGAGAAGUACAACACCGGCAUCUUGUUCCUGCCCUGGGGCUACGACAUCAGCCAAGUGACCAUCUCUCUAGUGUACUUGGUGACGGCCGUGGUGGGCGUGGAGACCUGGUACCAGCAGGUGUUGUGGAGCUUUCUUUACAGGGACGUGUUCACUUUUAUGAUCAUAGCCUGCUCCUUCACGGUGACCCUACCCAUGAGCCUCUACAAUUUCCUCAAGGCCCACCGGAGCAACACCCUGAAGCACAGCAGCUGCUACGAGGCCUUCCUGCCCUUCCUCUCUCCCGUGCUCCUCUUCGUCCUGUCCACCGUUUGGGUGGUGUGCUCGCCGUCCAACAUUCUGGAGCUGCAGCCCAGGGUUUACUACCUCAUGGUGGGGACGGCCUUCGCCAACGUGACGUGUAAGCUGAUCGUGUGUCAGAUGAGCAACACGCGCUGCCAGCCGCUGAGCGUGCUGCUGCUGCCCAUGGCCGCGGUGGUGCUGUCGGCCGUGUCGGGGCUGGUGGCCAACGAGGCACUGCUGCUCUACCUGUGGACGGCCGCCGUGGUCCUGGCCCACAUACACUACGGCCUGUCGGUGGUGCAGCAGCUCAGCAGCCACUUCAACAUCUUCGCCUUCUCCCUGAAGAAGGCCAGCAGCGACUGA